AUGACGAUUGUUUUUGGGACGCCGAACAUUUCGCGCCACUCCAGAGAUCCUUCUCGAACCUCGGCCGCUUUGACUUCCCCGCCGUUAGAUCAAAUAUUUGGCCAGAUCAGACUCGGCAUUUUUGAUUAUUUUUUGUCGGGGGUUUAUCUUUUGAAAUUCAUUUUAAACGUCGUAAUUGUCACAAUUAUUUCUGACAUGAUCAAACAUGAAAAUAAAUGUUUUCCUCUGGGAAAGAUCAUGAUUUUCAUUUACAAAAUACACUUCCAACAGCUUUUUUUUUUCGAAAAAAUUACAGGUAUUUGAUCGAUUCCUUUCAAAAUUGAUAAUAACUUUAGAAGAAGCAAGAUAAUGUUUCUUAAGGAACACAAUUAUAAAGAAAAAAAUCGCAAAUUUCUAGCUGUCGCUUUCCGAUAAUGUAGCAACCAUAACUCAUUUCUUUCACAUAAAAAAAUUAUUUGAAAGCUUAUUUUUCUCCGCUAUACUAUGAAAAAGAAACAAAAAAUACGUCUGUAGAAACAUAAUUCGUUCCAAAUCGAAAAAGAUGUUACACACGUUGCGAAAAAAAAUGAAAUGAGAAUAAAGCGAAUCUUUUAAAAAAUUCUGCUAUUUUUAAAACGUCUCUGCGUAUUCUCUAUUAUUCCGACUGAAUCGAAAAAGAAAGAAUUGAAGCUGACUCAUAAAUCUUUUUUUCGAAUCUUUUGACGACCUAAAUGCUUUUUGGGCAAGAAAAUCGCAAAGAACUCGUCGCUGAUGAACGACAAUUCAGCGCAAUUUGCCGUUUCUGACUCGGCGUUUCGUUACAAGUUCGGAUGUUUUUCAUGCAUUUUCUGCGAUGAACAAUUUUUGGAUGAAAAAUAUUUAUUUAUAAGUUGAAGGAGAUACUCAUUCGUAGGCACGAGCGUUGGCGUCACCUCCCCACUGGAGCCAGAGAAGUCCGUUGGCCGAGGCAACGAGGGCCGCGAAGACGGUGAGGACGGUGGAGGACGACAUCUUCCGAUGGAUUCUGGAGGGGAAAAGGUGCUUUUAUAGGAACGUCUAGGAAGUUCUCAAGGAACAGUUAAAUUGAAGAAUGGGAACCAUACCGAUUCUUGAGAUACUUCCAUGAACUUUUAGUCAGUUCCCAUUCUUCAAUUUGUCCUAUUCUUGAGAAUCUUCAAGAUCCUUCCUAUAAAAGGUCCUUGUUCCCCCUAGAAUCCAUCGGAAGAUGUCGUCCUCCACCGUCCUCACCGUCUUCGCGGCCCUCGUCGCCUCGGCCAACGGCCUUCUCUGGCUCCAGUGGGGAGGUGACGCCAACGCUCGCGCCUACGAAUGA